UCGAAGAGAGAAUGUGUAAGUUUCAGUCAGUGCAGCACCGUGGGAGUGCUUCAAUCAGAGGCAGAGCGAGGAUAUCAUGCAUUACAGUCGCAUGGAACCAGAGUUGAUGAUAUCAGAGUAACGGAUCAUAUCUCUCUGCACCACACAGCAAACGUAGACUGUUGGAUGAGGUGGACGCUUUAGGUGAUGAGGGAGAGCCUCGACGGCAUCAUUCUGCUGGAGGCGAGCUCACACUCUCGGCGGUGCAGAAGUGGAAGAUGAGUGCCUGCUGGAUGCUCGUGAUCCUCGUGGGCUGCAGAUUACUACAUACCGCUCAGUCUCAGAGCGCCGGCAGCGACCAGCUGAAAACCAUCUGUGAAGCUGCCGGAAACAACGUGUUUGUGCCUUGCCCAAAUAUGACGGGAGAAGAAUUCAAAACUUUCCUUUAUAAGGGGGACAAACAAAUCUAUGAAUACCUGUGCGACAAGAAAGAAAAUGUACUAAACUGUACGCCAUCAAACCCAUCAUCAAACCCAUCAUCACACCCCAUCAUGGUGGGCAUGGAAUUGGAUAACUACGCAGACAAUAAGAUGGUCAGUUACAUGCUCAGGGGGGUGAACGCCAGCAGCCAUGGUAUCUACAGAUGUGAUACCCAAGUCUUUUUCCCUCCUCCCCUGAAAAGAACAUCAAAUGACUUGAAGAUCCUGUUACUUAUAAAAGGACACCAAUGCAACCCAGAAAUGUGCGACCAUGUACCUGAAGAGCAAACCACUGCACUUCCCUGGAUGUUGGCUUUUGUAGGUGUCAGCAUCUACGGUGCAACUGCCACCAUCAUUGCCAUAGUCAACUGGAUAAAGUUGAGGAGGACGGAUUCCCAGAGUGACUACAUGAACACCAAACCCAAAGCGCCCCGGGACCGCAAGAAGAAAAGGGGGGUUCAGAAUCCUAUACCAAAACACUUCUGACUGCCCGUGCCUGAUGUAACCAUUUAGAUACACACAAAGGGGAGUCUUUGUAGUAGCUUGCACUGAGGAGAACAUUAUAGUGAUCGAGACUUUUUGUUGUCUGUUGUCAGUAGUUUUGUGUCCACACAGCAAAAGUAGCAGUUUUCUAUUGGUUAAAAAAAAAAACUAAAAUUAAAAAAAAAACCUCUUACCUAACACUUUUGGUUUUGCUCACUUCCUGUUUCAGUCAGUUCCUCACUAUUAUCUCUGUCACACUCACAGUUCUGUAGUUGUAACCCCCUUCUUCUUGUGGUUGAAACAGAAGGUGGUGCCUGAAAAGGGGGAUUUAACCACAAUCAAAGCUCAUGUGGAUAAGAGUGACCACAGUUUCAUAACAGAAAAAAAACAAAACCCAGAAGCCGUUAAAGGUCUGCUAAACUACAGGGGCCAAAAGUGAAAAUAUCAAGUGGCUUGGUUUCACUCCUUUUCUUACAUUUUGCAUGCAGUUCUUUCUGAGAAAUCAGAAUGUAUUCUCAGAGUUAACAAUCGGCAAGGUCGAUGAGAACCAGAUAAACAACAGGGAGCGUCACGCUUCAAACAAUAACAAUCUGCACCGUUUCCUGUCUUCCUCCCUGCCUCUUCUCCUUCCCUCGCGCUGUGUGCAGAUGUGGCUGCUUCAAAGGGACUCUACCUUCACCUCGCUCAC